CGCAUACUUCACAUCGUUGUUAGAUACGCGGAAUAGUCGCGCUCUCGCGCUCCGACGAGAAGAAAAAAAGUGCUCAGCUGGAAAUAAACCAGAGCGUGCGCUCGAUCCUAUUGCUCAGCAUCAGACACAUUAAAAGACUGAGAUCCGCAGAGAUUUUCAUCACUUGUGGAGGUUCAGAAAACACUUUUUCCUUCGAUCCGUGCCAGCCAGUUUACCACGGUCUCGUUGUAACAGCCCCAGUUUAAAAACCCCUCACUGUACGUGCACAGAAACAGUCCAGUUGUUACUUACCUUUAACUAAACACAGGGCAAUUUUGAACAUCUAACACAAGGUCAGUGUGCCUAGAGUUCUCCAGGCUCGGGCUCUGUGAUCCCAGCUGUUGCCAUGGAUCCCAGCAGCUGGAGCGGCAGUGAAAGUGCCGGCGAGGAUAUCGAGAGGAUGAGCGACUCGGCCGAUAAGCCCAUGGACAAUGAAGCUGAGGGCGUGUGGAGCCCUGACAUUGAGCAGAGCUUCCAGGAGGCCCUGGCCAUCUACCCACCCUGCGGACGACGGAAAAUCAUCCUGUCCGAUGAGGGGAAAAUGUAUGGUCGUAAUGAAUUAAUCGCCAGAUACAUCAAACUCAGAACGGGAAAGACACGGACGAGAAAACAGGUCUCCAGUCAUAUCCAGGUUCUUGCUCGGAGGAAAUCCAGAGAAUUUCACUCCAAGCUAAAGGACCAGACCGUGAAGAAUGAUGUGAUCAACAGGAUGGCGGCCAUGUCUUCAGCGCAGAUCGUCUCGGCCACGGCCAUCCACAGCCGGCUGGGGUUCGCAGGACUCCCUCGAGCCACCUUGCCUGGGGCGACAGGGAUUUGGCAAGUGUCAACAGGGCAGCCUGGUUCCUCACAAGAUGUGAAGCCGUUCGCACAGCAGAAUUACCCCAUCCAGACGGCCACAGCCAUCGCAGCUUACGAGUCCCCCACACCCCUGACAGCCGCAGUGCCGGCGUGGCACGGCCGCUCCAUCAGCACCUCCAAACUGCGGCUGGUGGAGUUCUCCUCCUUCCUGGAGCAUCAGCGGGACCCAGAUUCAUACAACAAGCAUCUGUUUGUGCACAUCGGCCAGACGAAUCAUUCGUACAACGACGCGCUCCUGGAGACAGUGGACAUACGUCAAAUCUACGACAAAUUUCCUGAGAAGAAGGGCGGGCUGAAGGAGCUGUUUGGAAAAGGACCUCAGAACGCCUUCUUCCUGGUCAAGUUCUGGGCCGACCUCAACUGUAACAUCCUGGAGGAUUCUGGGGCAUUUUACGGCGUAACUAGUCAGUACGAGAGCGCAGAGAACAUGACCAUUACCUGCUCCACAAAGGUCUGCUCCUUUGGGAAACAAGUGGUUGAAAAAGUUGAGACGGAGUAUGCGCGGUUUGAGAACGGACGCUUUGUGUACAAGAUCAACCGGUCUCCCAUGUGUGAAUACAUGAUCAACUUUAUCCAUAAGCUCAAGCACCUGCCUGAGAAGUACAUGAUGAACAGCGUACUAGAAAACUUCACCAUCCUAUUGGUGGUGACGAACAGGGAGACUCAAGAGACGCUACUGUGCAUAGCCUGUGUGUUCGAGGUCUCCAACAGCGAGCACGGCGCUCAGCAUCACAUCUACAGACUGGUCAAAGACUGAAGCUCCUCGACUCACACGAGUAACACUACGAGCAGAGAGCAGCCAGCGACCCAGAGAACAGUGGAGACUUUAUAUUCACUGAGGCUUUUAGGCUACACAGCUGACGACCGCCAAGGGCAGCAGAGCCUAGCGGACUAAGAAAAGCCUUUGAAUGACUCACGACCUCGUUUUUAAGUGGCUGUGCCUCUGUCAGUCCCACCCAGAAGGCUUUUGUCACGUUUUGGGUGAGGUCUGGAAUGAAUAAUUACAUUAUAAUUAGUGUAUCUCUUGUGUUUUGGUGUUUAUUUUUCAUUAACCUGUCGUGUGGGUGAAACGGUACGGUUUUGUUACUUCGUUCAGAUGUCUGUUUAACUUUGGUUGAUGUUUUAAACCAACAUUAAUGUGUUUUUGAAAGAACAUUGCUUAUAUAAAAACGUAUUGUCAUAGUACAUGUACAUAGUACACUUUUUUUUUCUGUUGUUCAACCUUUUAUUCUCACACUGAACUACAUUUCAAAGACUUCGCCCCUGGUAUUAUUUUUACCUUUAGUGGAUUUAACUUUAAUGAAAGAGCAUAAAAAGGUACUGUAUUAUUUAUGUGGAACUACCUGCCUUACACUGCACAUGGGCUGUUCCAGUGUGACCUACAGUUAUGUAUAUUAAACACUAAGAAACAAAUCAUUUUCUUAUAAGAAACUUUAAAAACAACCAAAUUCAACCCUUAAUCAGUUAUUAAUUUGUGAAUUUUCUUUUGCAUUUAAAGCUGACCUAUGUCAUUUUUUCUGUUUAAAAUCCUCCUAUCCCAGCUUAAUAUGCAGAGACUCCGAGUAAAGCCAUUCGUCAGGUAAUUUUCGAGAAAACCAUAAACAUUCAGCUGCACUAUGAAAAUUCCACAUUUGUUUUGAUCGACCCGCCUAAACACUCACUCCACCAAUGGCGUGAGUUGGGGGCGGGGCUACCUGUUGGUUUGAAAAUAUUUUUGAAAUUCUAUAGGUGGCGCUAUUGGCGCAAAAGUGACGAACUUCAGCUUUAAGAAACUAAUGCGUUAUGUCUGCUCAUAUCAGAACAGGCUACACAAGAAUGGGAAUUUACAUAGCAAAAUCACCAAAGCAUAUCGUGCCUUAGUGUUUAUAAUCGCAGACAUCGUCUAAUUGUGAGUAGAAGUGGGCUAUAUAUACACUCACAUGAAGUAUGUAUUUUGUCCCACUUUUUCUUUUUUUUGUCUAUCCAGUCUAAGCAAAGUAGGUCACAUCUCUCUCUUGUACACCAAAUAAACACAUUCUAUCACUUCUGUUCAUGCCAAGUGAAAGCUACAGGUGUUGAAAGUGCCUUUUGUGUGUUUUUCCAGCUCAGAAAAUUGACACCAAAAAAAAA